GUAGAUCGCGGCAGGUGCGAGGAGGUAGUUUGACGUUCUUCUUUGUACAGAUACGAUGUGUGUGCGCGACGAGUGAAGCUCCGAUCUCUUUACUUCUCGGCAAAACCUUUCUUUUUUUUUGGAAAUGGCUUGUUCGGCUGUAACUCUAUCCGUUGCCACUAUAGGUGCCGUAGUGGCAGUGUCUUGUUUAGCCAUAGCUUUCGGUACGGACAAUUGGUACGAAAUUCGCGUGAAGAGAAAGGAUCUAACGGAAGAAGCUGAAGGAAAUGCAGAGUUACAAGAGAAGCUUCAGUACGAUAUUCGUUUCUUCGAUAGAGACGAAGGAAUUUUUAGAAUCUGUUUUCCUAACGACAAACCUAAGAAAGUGGCUCUAUACGUUUCUCCCGUGCAAACGUCUUGCAUGAACAUGAAUUAUUAUUUGUCGGAAGGAAGCACAGCAAACCAAACAGACGAUGCUUGGUGGGAAAGAUUGCACAUGGCACGAUCUGUUGUAGGACUCUUCAUCUCAUCAUUUUUCUUUAUUUUUAUAUCGUUCUUUACUGGUAUUGCCGGUUGUUGGAAGAGAUCUCGAGGAAAUGUAGUCGCUACCGGUUUGCUUCUUCUUUUAGCUGCUUUAGUGGAUGCAGGAGCGAUGGGAUUGUGGCAUGGAGUACAAUAUUAUGAUUCUAAAGUACUGAAAACGGGCGAAACUUCUUAUGAAAAUUGGCCAAAGGAACUGAAGGGAAUGACAGACUUUUAUUUCGGUUGGUCCUAUAUACUAGCGUGGAUAGGAGUGGGGAUGAGUCUCCUGACGGGCAUUCUCUUCUUGUGUGCAGCUCGUUGCUUACGUCAAGAAAAGAAAAUCGAACAAGCCAAGAAUAUGCAGUACUUAAUGCCCGUUUAUCCCGAUAAAAGACAACCCUACGGAUACAGUUACGCUCAUCCUUAUUAUCCUCCAGGAACGCAAUACAGCUCCUACGGUUAUUAAUUCUUCCAUAUAAAAAACAUAGGAGAGACGAGAAAUUCGCGUGUAUAUAUAGUCUUACUAAUGUUUAAUCAGUUUUUAUUUUAUAAAAUAACAACGUGAAAAAAAA